CUCUUGAGCUUCGUCAUGGGAGCUGUAGUAGCUGAUGAUGGUCCAUCUGGUGUGAAGGCCCCUGAUGGAGGCUGGGGCUGGGCUGUCCUUUUUGGCUGUUUUAUCAUCACAGGAUUCUCCUAUGCCUUUCCUAAGGCAGUCAGUGUCUUCUUUAAAGAACUUAUCCGGGAAUUUGGCAUUGGAUACAGUGACACUGCAUGGAUUUCUUCCAUUCUGUUGGCCAUGCUUUAUGGAACAGGUCCACUAUGUAGUGUAUGUGUCAAUCGCUUUGGCUGUCGCCCUGUCAUGCUGGUGGGUGGCCUCUUUGCCUCAAUGGGGAUGGUCAUAGCCUCCUUCUGCACAAGCAUCGUUCAGGUCUAUCUAACUGCAGGUGUGAUUACUGGUUUGGGUCUGGCACUGAACUUUCAGCCUUCACUCAUCAUGUUAAACCGUUACUUUGACAAACGCCGGCCCUUGGCCAAUGGACUGUCUGCUGCUGGGAGCCCAGUGUUCCUCUGUGCUCUCUCACCCCUGGGGCAGAUACUGCAACACGAGUAUGGCUGGAGAGGAGGAUUCCUUAUACUGGGUGGGAUGCUGCUCAACUGCUGUGUAUGUGGGGCAUUAAUGAGACCUUUGGAGCCACCCAAAAAGUCUGAAGCUACCAAAGAACCAGCUGAGAAGAAAGCAAAGAAAAAACUUCUGGACUUCAGUGUGUUUAAAGACGGUGGUUUUGUAAUCUACACGCUAGCAGCAUCUAUCAUGGUGCUUGGCCUCUUUGUUCCCCCAGUUUUUGUCGUGAGUUAUGCCAAGGAUUUAGGGUAUCAAGAUACCAAAGCAGCUUUCCUUCUGACUAUUCUGGGAUUCAUUGAUAUCUUUGCUCGGCCUAUUUGUGGAAUGGUAGCUGGUCUUAAGUGGGUUAGACCACGCUGUGUCUACCUCUUCAGUUUUGCUAUGAUUUUCAACGGCUUUACAGAUCUCAUGGGUUCUAUGUCUGUUGAUUACGGUGGCCUGGUGGUCUUUUGCAUUUUCUUUGGCAUUUCUUACGGAAUGGUAGGUGCUCUUCAGUUUGAAGUUCUCAUGGCUAUUGUUGGUACUCAGAAGUUUUCCAGUGCUAUUGGUUUAGUGCUCCUGGCAGAAGCUAUGGCUGUUCUAAUUGGUCCACCAUCAGCAGGUAGGUAUUCCAUUUACUUCAGUAUUCAAAAUCACAUGCAUUGCAUCCAUUUACACACAUGGUACGAUAAGGGAGCAGAGAAAAAGACAUGGUAA